AUGGCGCAGGCGCCAGGCCAACCCGGAGGGCCGCAACAGCCCCCAAUGAUCAGACCCGAGCAAAUUGAAAAGCUGCCGUUCUUGAACGAUCAGCAGAAGGACCAAUACAGGAAUGGCCUCAUGAAUCUGUGGAACACCUUCAAUAGCUCUGCGCCUGACAGCGACCAGCGCAAGCAGGCUGAAGAUAAGAUCAGGAUCGCAAGUCAAAAACUCAUGAGCCAGCUGAGCCAACAUCGCGCAAGUCGCCCUGGCUCUGGAAGUGGGCAGAGACCAAAUCAGCCACAACAAGGCGGCAUGCAGCAAGGACCGCAGAUGUCUCAACAGAUGGCACAGCCCAAUAUGCAGCAGAUGCAUGCUCAAGCUCAGGCGCAGGCUCAAGCCCAAGCACAAGCCCAGGCUCGCGCUCAAGCUGCACAAGGCGGACAAGUUGGAGCUGGAGGACAAGGCGGACAACCGAUUCAGCUCUCUCAACAAUCUCAACAAGCGCUGGAUUCUGUCAACGUUUUCAGACCGGCCAAUAUGACACAGCAGCAAUAUGAGACCCAUAGACACAGAUGGCGCCGUGAAGCAGUCCCACUCCUCGCUAGGCGCGAUCAGAUCAUGAGAAAUGCGCAUCAGUUGAGCCAGCAAAUUAGCCAGCUCAAGCAGCAGAAUCGGGAAAUCCCACAACAAGCCAUGCAGCGCCUGGAAGAGGCGAAAAAGAAUGUGGAGGCCGCGAACGCGAGGUGGGCUAAUUGGAAGGCUCAGGGUGAAGGACAUGGGCAGCAGCACCAGCAAGCCCAGCAGAACGGCAUGCAGCCUCAGGCAUCAAACCAGCAACCCCAGCAACGCCCACCCACACAACAAGGCAUGGACGGUGCCCAGCAGCAACAGCAGUCCCAGCAGUCGGCACAGCAGCAACAGCCCGAUGCAAACAUAAAGCCGGCCAAUACGGACCAGCGAAACUCGAUCUCUCCGCCCCAGCCCCAGAGCGGCCCUGUGCAACAGCAGGCACAAACGGGACAAAACCAGCCAAACGGCCCCGGCCAACAAAACAUUGGCCAACAACAGCAACAGGGGCAAGCGCAACCUCAACUCCAGCAGACUCCUCAAACCGCGACACAGCCUCAACCUCCGCAAAACUUUCCUCAGCAGAACGUGCAACAGCAGCAGCGACCGCCUCAAAUAAACACAGCGCAGGCUCAAAACGCCAAUCAAGCUGCAUCUCAACAGCAGGCGACAUCAGCUCCCGGUGGACCGAACAACGCAGGCCAGCCACAACCUCAGCGACCGCAAACGCUGAAUCAGCAACAAGCUCUUUCACGCGCGGCAAGUGAAUAUAACUCGGGCCAGCAGCAAGCUCAACAAGCGCAGCCUCAGCAGCCUCAAGUACCCAACGGACUACCAUUCAACCAACAACAACCCAGCUCCGCGACGCAGCAAAACACCCCCACCUCAGCAUACCCGAAUCUGCAGACUACCCAGACGAACAGCGCCAACACAAAGUUCCCGAUUCCGAAGACACUGCAACUCGACCCGCGUACGCAACAGCCUGUCGCCGGACCCCCUUCGCGUCCCACACUCGGCAAUCAGGGCAUGAUGUACAACCCAGGUGUUGCGCGACCACCACCAUACACACUCGAGGGCGAAGGCGACCGCGUCCUUAGCAAGCGCAAGCUCGACGAGCUCGUGCGCCAGGUCACCGGCUCGGCGCCGUCCUCUGACAACAGCGAGUCGUCCUCCAUCCUCGCUCCGGAAGUCGAAGAGUCGAUGUUGUCCGUCGCAGACAACUUCGUCGACGACGUCAUCACGUCCGCGUGCCGUCUUGCGAAGCUGCGCCCGAAUCAGACUCUCGACAUACGCGACAUCCAGAUCGUGCUGGAGCGUAACUACGGCAUUCGGAUCCCGGGAUACAGCCUUGACGAGGUGAGGACUGUGCGGAAAUUUCAGCCAGCACCUGGUUGGCACAGCAAGAUGCAGGCGAUCCAGGCUGGGAAGGUUAUGGGGAGCAGGUAAGACACACCAUACCUACUACACCGGCAUUUUUCAGCUAAUAUUCUUUCCUUCCCUAGGGAUCCUUAG